UGGGGGGCAGGCCUGGUUAAGUUGUGAGAACACAGGAGUGUGUUAGAAAGCGAGAAGAGAAGUGGAUUCUGUGACUCACUUCAUCCCAUAUCUACCUUCCCAGAAUGCAUAGAGAAACAGCCUGGACCCCCAAAACAUCAAACUCUGCAAGGACCAUGGAGUAAACGGCUGUUAUCAGAUGCUUAGCCGGUCUAUAUCGGCAUUGUUCAUAUCAGGGAAAGGGCAGUUUGGGAAACCUUUGCGACGCAGUAGCUGGUGUUAAAAAAGCGGCUUCGGCGGGACGGAGACGCUGCUGAGUACUGCCACCUUCCACAGUUAAGAGGGGAGACUGCACCGGGAGCAGCAUGGCAGCAUCCGAGCUUUACACAAAGUAUGCCAGGGUCUGGAUCCCUGAUGCUGAGGAAGUGUGGAAAUCAGCAGAGCUCCUGAAAGACUAUAAAGCUGGAGAUGUGUGGCUGAAACUAAGACUUGAAGAUGGAACAGAUUUGGACUAUCAGCUGGAUCCCAAAACCAAGCAACUGCCCCAUCUGCGAAAUCCUGAUAUACUUGUUGGUGAAAAUGACCUCACUGCCCUCAGCUACCUCCAUGAACCUGCAGUCCUUCAUAACCUAAAAGUUCGCUUCAUAGAUUCAAAGCUUAUCUACACUUACUGUGGUAUUGUCUUAGUAGCUAUUAACCCUUACGAGCAGCUGCCUAUUUAUGGGGAGGAUAUCAUCAAUGCAUACAGUGGACAGAACAUGGGGGAUAUGGAUCCUCACAUCUUUGCUGUGGCUGAGGAAGCCUAUAAGCAGAUGGCCAGAGAUGAGAGAAACCAGUCCAUCAUUGUAAGCGGAGAAUCUGGGGCUGGGAAGACUGUGUCUGCAAAAUAUGCCAUGCGAUACUUUGCUACUGUCAGUGGUUCUGCAAGUGAAGCCAACGUAGAAGAAAAGGUUCUAGCUUCUAACCCCAUAAUGGAGUCUAUUGGAAAUGCAAAAACCACCAGAAAUGACAACAGCAGUCGUUUUGGAAAGUACAUUGAAAUUGGUUUUGACAAAAAGUAUCAUAUCAUUGGUGCCAAUAUGAGAACAUACCUCUUAGAAAAGUCCAGGGUUGUGUUUCAGGCUGAAGAAGAGAGAAAUUACCAUAUCUUCUAUCAACUCUGUGCCUCUGCAAGUUUACCAGAAUUUAAAACGCUUAAAUUAGUUACUGCAAGCAAGUUCCGUUACACAAAUUUAGGAGGCAAUCCUGUGAUAGAUGGAGUUGAUGAUGCCAAAGAAAUGCUGACCACCAGGCAAGCUUGCACAUUGCUAGGUAUUAAUGAGAGUUAUCAGAUGGGAGUGUUCCGAAUUCUUGCAGGCAUUCUACAUCUGGGAAAUGUGGAGUUUAAAGAUCGGGAUGCAGACAGUUGCAUAAUACCGCCAAAUCAUGAUCCUCUUUGCAUCUUCUGCGACCUUAUGGGUGUUUCCUAUGAAGACAUGGCUCACUGGUUGUGCCACCGGAAGCUUGCCACUGCCACGGAGACCUACAUCAAACCAAUCUCUCGACUGCAGGCCACCAAUGCAAGGGAUGCUUUGGCUAAACAUAUCUAUGCCAACCUCUUUAACUGGAUUGUGGACAAUGUCAACAGGGCACUUCAUUCUACUAUGAAGCAGCAUUCUUUCAUUGGCGUAUUAGACAUUUAUGGGUUUGAAACAUUUGAAAUCAACAGCUUUGAACAAUUUUGUAUAAAUUAUGCAAAUGAGAAGCUACAACAACAAUUUAACAUGCACGUAUUCAAGCUAGAACAGGAAGAGUACAUGAAGGAAGAGAUUCCAUGGACUUUAAUUGACUUCUAUGAUAACCAGCCAUGCAUUAAUCUGAUUGAAGCCAAACUGGGAGUGUUGGACUUGUUGGAUGAAGAGUGCAGGAUGCCAAAAGGAUCAGAUUCCACUUGGGCCCAGAAGCUAUACAACACCCACUUGAAGAAAAGUGCACUGUUUGAGAAACCUCGGCUAUCAAACAAAGCAUUUAUCAUCAAGCAUUUUGCUGACAAGGUGGAAUAUCAGUGUGAUGGAUUUCUGGAGAAGAACAAAGACACAGUAUUUGAAGAGCAGAUUGCAGUCCUUAAAGCUAGUAGGAAGUUUGAUUUGCUGAGGGAGUUAUUUCAAGAUGAUAUCCAUGCACUCAGUCCAACCUCCAGUCUACCUCCAGGACGUACCCCAUUAUCACGAGCUGGCAUAAAAUCAAUCAAAUCCAGACCGGGACAAGCAAGCAAUGAACACAAGAAAACAGUUGGCCACCAGUUCCGUAACUCCCUCCAACUUCUGAUGGAGACCCUGAAUGCUACCACCCCACAUUAUGUACGGUGCAUCAAACCGAAUGACUUUAAGUAUCCAUUCACGUUCGAUGCUAAGAGAGCUGUUCAACAACUGAGGGCCUGUGGCGUCCUAGAAACUAUCCGUAUUAGUGCUGCUGGAUUCCCUUCAAGGUGGACCUAUCAGGAGUUUUUCAGCCGGUACCGUGUUCUAAUGAAACAGAAAGAUAUCCUGAUUGAUAAAAAGGAGACUUGCAGGAAUGUGCUGGAAAAACUUAUCAAGGAUCAUGACAAAUAUCAGUUUGGGAAGACCAAAAUUUUUUUUCGUGCAGGCCAGGUAGCCUACCUUGAAAAGUUAAGGGCAGAUAAACUGAGAGCAGCUUGCAUUCGAAUCCAGAAGACUAUCCGAGGCUGGCUUAUGCGGAAGAAGUAUCUGCGGAUGCAGAAGGCAGCUAUUACCAUUCAGAGAUAUGUCCGAGGAUACCAAGCACGAUGCUAUGCUCAGUUUCUGCGCAGAACCAGGGCAGCAGUUAUUAUCCAGAAAUUCCAACGUAUGUAUGUUGUUCGCCAGCGAUACAAGCGUAUGCAGGCUGCAGCCAUUCAUAUCCAGGCUCACUGGCGAGGGUACAGUGCCAAGAAGAGGUACAAUGCGAUGCUUUGCGAGCACAAGGCCACCAUCAUUCAGAAACAUGUGCGUGGCUGGCUGUCCCGAUGCUGGUUUAGGAGGGUAAUUACAGCAAUCAUCUAUCUGCAAUGCUGUUAUCGACGUAUGAUGGCUAAGAGAGAGCUGAAGAAACUCAAGAUUGAGGCACGCUCUGUGGAGCAUUACAAGAAACUUAACAUCGGCAUGGAGAAUAAGAUCCUGCAGCUUCAGUGCAAAAUCAAUGAUCAGAACAAAGAAAAUAAGAAUCUUUUGGAGAAACUGAUAAAUUUGGAGACCACAUAUAGUGCAGAGAGAGAAAGACUGAGGAGUGAUGUUGAGCGCCUUCGCAUGACAGAAGAAGAGGGUAAGAAUGCUAUUAACCGUAUCACAAGUCUGCUGGAAGAGAUUGCUCAGCUAAGGAGAGAACUGGAGUCCACACAAACAGAAAAGAAAAGCAUUGAAGAGACUGCUGACCGAUACAAAAGGGAGACUGAACUGCUUGUGACGGAGCUUAAAGAACAGAACACGUUGCUGAAGAGUGAAAAGGAUGAGCUCAAUCAGCGCCUCCAACAACAGGCAAAGGAAAUGACAGAAUCCCUGACCAAAGAAGCAGCUGAAGAGAAGAAGCAGUUAGAAUGUGAGUUGAAUGAUGAACGGUCGAGGUACCAAAACCUGCUUACCGAAUUUAGUCGUCUGGAGGAACGCUAUGAUGACAUUAAAGAGGAAAUGACAUUGAUGGUGAAUCUUCCUAAAGCUGGGCAGAGGCGUAGAGAUUCUACUCACAGCAGUAAUGAAUCAGAAUAUACAUUUAGCUCAGAGAUAACUGAAGCAGAGGAGUCAAUGCUGCGACCUGAGGAUGCAAGUGAGAAAAAGGCCCCUCUGGACAUGUCUCUUUUCCUGAAGCUUCAGAAGAGAGUAACUGAGUUGGAACAGGAAAAGCAAAGCCUGCAAGAUGAGCUGGAUAAGAAGGAGGAGCAAGCACAGAGGAUCAAAGCUAAGGAAGAAGAUUUUAAUGUUAGGGCCAGAGGUGCUGAGUUGGAGUAUGAAUCACUCAAGCGACAAGAGCUUGAAUCAGAAAACAAGAAGCUUAAAAAUGAACUAAAUGAGCUACGCAAAUCUUUGACUGAAAAGGCUGCCCCAGAAGUAACAGCACCUGGAGCACCAGCUUAUAAAGUCCUUAUGGAGCAACUAAAUUCGGUCAGUGAAGAGCUAGAUGUGCGAAAGGAGGAGGUCCUUAUUCUGAGGUCUCAGCUUGUUAGCCAAAAAGAAGCCAUCAGAACCAAGGACGACAAGAACAUCAUGACAGAGACUGUGGUUGUUCCUGAAGAUGUGAAGAAGAUGAAGGACAGAGAAGAGAUUGCUCAGGCGUACGUUGGUCUGAAAGAAACAAACAGACCAUCUGCUCAGGAUUUCCAUACGCUGAAUGAGGACGGAGAGCUUUGGCUGGUUUAUGAAGGGUUAAAACAAGCAAACAGACUCCUGGAAUCACAGUUCCAGUCACAGAAAAAGAGCUAUGACAAUGAAGUGGAGGCUCUCCGUGGAGAGAUACAAAGUCUAAAGGAAGAGAAUAAUAGGCAACAGCAGCUGCUAGCCCAGAACCUUCAGCUUCCACCAGAAGCCCGUAUAGAGGCCAGUCUUCAGCACGAAAUCACAAGACUGACCAAUGAAAACCUGUACUUUGAGGAAUUAUAUGCUGAUGACCCCACGAAGUAUCAGUUCUACCGGAUUUCGCUUUUCAAACGGAUCAUUGACCUCAUGGAACAACUUGAGAAACAGGACAAGACUGUCCGUAAACUGAAAAAGCAGCUCAAAGUGUUUGCCAAGAAGAUUGGAGAACUGGAAGUGGGCCAGAUGGAAAACAUUUCUCCAGGGCAGAUCAUAGAUGAACCUAUUCGUCCAGUCAAUAUUCCACGGAAGGAAAAGGAUUUCCAAGGAAUGCUGGAAUACAAGAAGGAGGAUGAGCCAAAACUUGUGAAGAACCUAAUUUUGGAGCUGAAACCACGUGGUGUAGCUGUUAACCUCAUCCCUGGACUGCCAGCCUAUAUUUUAUUUAUGUGUGUCCGCCAUGCUGAUUAUCUGAAUGAUGAUCAGAAAGUGCGAUCCUUGCUGACGUCGACUAUCAAUGGAAUUAAGAAGGUGUUAAAGAAAAGAGGAGAUGACUUUGAAACUGCUUCGUUUUGGUUGUCUAAUACAUGUAGAUUCCUGCAUUGCCUAAAACAGUACAGUGGAGAAGAGGCAUUUAUGAAGCAUAAUACACCUCGUCAGAAUGAGCAUUGUCUCACAAAUUUCGACCUUGCUGAGUACCGGCAAGUUCUAAGUGAUUUAGCAAUUCAGAUCUACCAGCAGCUGGUCCGAGUAUUGGAGAACCUCCUUCAGCCUAUGAUAGUCCCAGCUAUGUUAGAGCAUGAAACGAUUCAGGGAGUGUCAGGGGUGAAGCCUCCUGGUUUGCGGAAGAGAACCUCUAGUGUUGCAGAUGAAGGAACCUACACACUGGACUCAAUCAUCCGUCAGCUCAACACUUUCCAUUCCAUCCAGUGCCAGCAUGGCAUGGAUCCCGAGCUGAUAAAGCAAGUCGUCAAGCAACUGUUCUACAUUGUUGGUGCUGUAACUCUCAACAACCUGCUGCUGCGCAAGGACAUGUGUUCUUGGAGUAAGGGAAUGCAGAUCAGGUACAAUGUAAGUCAGUUAGAGGAAUGGCUGAGGGAUAAGAAUUUGAUGAAUAGUGGUGCCAAAGAAACUCUGGAACCUUUGAUCCAAGCUGCUCAGCUGCUGCAAGUUAAGAAGAAAACUGAUGAAGAUGCAGAGGCCAUUUGCUCAAUGUGUACUGCUCUCACCACAGCCCAGAUCGUAAAAGUACUGAAUCUCUACACUCCAGUUAAUGAGUUUGAAGAACGGGUAUCCAUAGGAUUUAUUCGGACAAUACAGAUACGAUUGCGUGAUAGAAAGGACUCUCCACAGCUGCUGAUGGAUGCCAAACAUAUCUUCCCUGUCACUUUCCCCUUCAAUCCAUCUUCUGUUGCACUGGAAACCAUUCAGAUCCCAAGCAGCCUUGGCCUAGGAUUUCUUACACGUGUCUGAGUAGAAGAGAAAGCUCUUGAAAAGUCUGCGUGUAUGCUGUUAAGGAGGAAAAGUAAAACAUUAUUUUGAGGUUUCAAUCUUUCAGAGCACACAAGCCACUGAUGUCAUUCCAAAUACUACUACAAAAUGUGCACCUUGCAGUUGCUACACAUUUUCAGUUGUCUACAUUUGUUUGAGACUGUAGGAAAGUUGUGUAGGUGCAUUGGGAAUGGAUUGUUUCAGGAAACAGUAAUGACCACAAACGUGACAUUUUAGAGAUGGUGUGUGUGUGUGUGUGUGUGUGUGUGUGUGUGUGUGUGUGUGUGUGUGUGUGUGUGUGUAGGGACUGAUGAAAGUGAAUAUGUGUAUAUCCCAAGAAGUACCAUUUAACUGACUUUAGUUAUCUAAAAAUACUGAGAUGUAAGAUACGGUUUUAGACUGUGUUACAUCUAGUCAUUAAUAGUGUCUGGUCCAGCUAUAUCUGACACUGGAUCGAUAGAUGUAUAUUAGAAUACAGAGAAGCAGCACAAAGCUGGUGUUAUGUAGACAAGUAGGGAUCUGGUAUUCUAUAAGUGAUUUAAAAAAAAAACUGGAAUAGAAACAUGUCAGCCGGCAAUAUAUGGAAUAAUUUGUCAGGUAACUUUAUUUAUGUCAUGGAAUAUAAGUUAUGUAGAGUAAUAGUUUGUUGUGUGUACAGUAAACAUUAUUUUGUUAGUACAGUGAUUUAUACUCUGCCUGCUGCAACUGCUGCUUGUUGUGUCUCUGAAAUACAGUAGAACCUCCUGUUUAGGCACUACAGUGGAAUGUUAAGACUUUGUACCCCAAGUGUCAUAUUUUUGUUUACAGCCUGGGUACUGUUUUAAUUAAUUUAUGCAAACGUCACAACAUAUCUCAGUCUGAGAGGAAGAGGUGCACUAAUGCAAAAAAAAAAAAAAAUUAGAAAAAAUUGUAUGAUUAUCAUAAUUCCUUAAACUAGAUACAUAAAAGCAUUGUAUUUUUAUUGUUCAUGGACUGAACAAGAAGUGGGUAUGGUUUGUUUCAGUAUU